GGAAAAGAUGGCGCUUCACUUGGGGCGAAUGUUACCGCACGCCUGAGUUGGUCGCUUCUUUCGAAAAUUGUUUAAUAUCAGGAUGACUGCCAGUCCAACUCCAAUGAGUGAUGCAAUGCUUUUCAAGCAAUUGGAAGAGCGGGUGAGACAAUUAGAGGUUCAAGUUCAUGGAUCCUCCUCUUGCAGUGAAUCUCCAGAUCAGAAGAGAGACACUGACUCCAAUAUUUCAGAAAAGUUGCAGAAGCUGAAUCAGCAACUUUCCUUGCUGUCUGCUGGCCGAGAGAAAAUAGCAAGAGCAUUUGAGAGAGUUGGGGAGUUGGAGAAGCUGCUUGAGGCUGACUUGGAAGGGAAGACCCUCUCAACAUCUGCAAAGCUAGAGAUUUUUAUUGCAGAGGAACCUCUAUUGAGGCAAAGCCACAGUCUGUUGGAAAAGGCCAAGGAACUUUCUCCCAUCUUAAACAGUGAACAUCUCAAGUCAGCAUCAGAUUUGGAUGGACGGCUGAAGAUUGUUUGCGCAAGGCACCUACAACAGCGGGAGGAAAUUGAUAAGCUUGUAGCUGAGGCUCAAGCUGUUUUGACCCACUGUUUCUCCUCAUUUUCAUACAUCAUAUACAAGUACUGUAGUGGAGGAGUAUUGGCUGCACGACCAUCUGAAAAAGAUAAAAUUUUGCAAUCUUCUGCACGUGAUCAAUACAACUUCAUCGCAGAUGUAGUGGAGUACACAGCCCCAGGAGUGGUAUUGAUUGAAGUGCGUGACACACGUCUCAGGGAUUGGGUGUCGGGGAAACCUCUCACAGUUUCUAAUGGAUCUGGAUUCAUAAUUGACUCUGAUGGAGUCAUCUUGACCAAUGCGCAUGUGGUCACCAAGAAACAACACAGUUCCCUCAUUGUGAAGCUCCAAGAUGGGCGGGAAUUUACUGGAAGAGUGGAGUUUGUGGACCGUUUGUCUGAUCUGGCAACAGUUCGAAUUCCAUGCAAAGGACUUCCCACACUGUCUCUUGGAGAGUCAUCCAAGAUGAGGCCUGGAGAAUGGGUUGUUGCCAUGGGCUCACCUCUUACUCUCAAUAAUACCAUCACAGUUGGUGUGAUUAGUUCAGUGAAUCGAGGGAGCAAGGAACUUGGACUUGAGCAUCAGGACAUAGAUUACAUCCAGACUGAUGCAGCCAUCACUUUUGGAAAUUCAGGUGGUCCUCUGGUAAACUUGGAUGGUGAAGUGAUUGGCAUAAAUGCCAUGAAGGUGACAGAAGGGAUAUCAUUUGCCAUCCCAUCUGACCAUGCCAAGCAAUUCAUUGCUGAGAUUGCUGCUAGAAAAGCAGGCAUGAUAUCCCCUGAAACACCAGGCCGUGUGGCAAGUGGAAAGCGAUAUGUGGGUAUCACAAUGAUCACACUGACACCCAACAUCCUUCGAAUCAUUGAACAGCGCGGGAUUUCAUCCUUUCCAUCUCAUGUUACCCAUGGUGUCCUGGUAUUUCGAGUCAUUCAAGGGUCUCCAGCACGACGCUCUGGUCUCCAAAAUGCUGACAUAAUCACACACAUCAAUGGAACACCCCUCUAUUCUGCAUCUGAUGUUAACAAGAUUGUAGAGAGUGGCAAAGAACUUCGAAUGUCUGUUGUUCGAGGGAAGAAUGUAUUUGAGGUCACUGUCCUUCCUGAAGAAUCAUAGUGAUCUUUUUUGGGUAGUUUCUUGCAACUAUUGUAAUUGGAUGUUAUUUUUGUGUGGCAAUAAUAUGAAGGUUUUCUUAAGAAGCAAGA